AUGAUUGUGAGGAAACCAAAGAAGUACGAGAAGCUAUUGGCUCAACGAAUAGUCGGGAGCGGCUCAAACUUGGACGACAUAAUUGAGAAAGCUCGUGCACUUCAUUUAAAAUACUACAAGAAGAAUUCUAACUUUGACAAUCAUUGGCGUGAGCUUCGUAGACGACCCAAGUGGAGAACUCCUACAACUAGUGCAAGUUCUAAAAGAACUAAAUUAAGUAGUUCUGGAGCUUACUCAUCGGAGAGAAAUAAUGAUACACCAACUUCUGAUGAAUUUGAACCGAUUCGUUCUAAAGGUACAAAAGCAGCUAAAAGGAAAGGAAAAGGUAAGGCAACAGGUGCCGAAGUUGAAGAAUAUGAAGCUUUCGAAGCUAAUGACUUGAGUAAAAUGACUAUAAUGGAAACCGUGAAUGAAAUUCGUCAAAAAGACAUUGAGACUCGACAAAGGGAGCUUGAGGCGAAGCAAGCUGAAAUAGAUUUACAAGUCAUUUUGGCGGAUAAUGAAAAAAUGAAUGAAGCUCAGAGGAAGGCUCAUACAAAAUUGCUUGAGAAAAUUAUGGCAAGAAACUAG